AUGGCUUCAAAAGAAGAAGCACUCAUCCAGUCAGUCUUCUUUACACAGAUGGAGUACUACUGCAACGCGUCGAUUCUAGGCGUAUUCGUAAUUAUCACCCGUGCAUGCACGAUAGGCUUCGACUUCUUCGUGGUCUCCAUCCUGUGGACCAGGGGCUCGCAGGUCUGGCGAGCCUCGAAGGCAACGCUGCAGGAAUCUAAUCUCAUGCAGCUCCUGCUGAAAGACGGCACUCUUCUCUUUGUAUUUCUCCUGAUCCUCAACUCCCUUGAUGUCGUUUUAUGGUUGAGCAUAGGUUUCAAUUGGAUCACAUCUUUGUUCAUCUUGCCAAUUGCCUGUGCCCUUGUGGCCCGAUGCCUGCUCAAUCUGCGCGAAGUCACCGGCCCUUCGCAAAGCAGUGCUGGUCAGGACGUCACCGAACUCUCCUUUGUCCACUCUUUGGGUGGAAGUCAUGAAACGACGCAACCUAUGGGCAACCUUGAUGCCGGCACCACAGCCUAG